CUUCGCUCCGGUCUCGGAUGUUUUGGGGGCUGCAUGUCGGACUGCAAGUCAAAGGCUGCGGUUCGAUUUCCGUCUAAGGUCUGUGGCUGAAGAUUUGUCCUCCUCAGUCGCUUUAAAUUGCUGUGUCCGCCGCAAUGGCAGAGCCUGACAUAGAAGUGGAGAAUGAGGAAGAGGAAGAUAACACUGAAACGGAACACUUUCUGAAGCGUUAUGAGCCAGCAUGUGUCCUCCCAAGACCCCCAAGAGCUAUAGAGUCCUUUCUUAAAAAAGACCCGGCGAUGAUCGGGAUCUCGCAGAUUGUUGUUGGUGUCAUCAGCAUUGCCUGUGGUGCAACGUUAGCCGUGUCUCCGCAUUCACUUGUUCUCAUCCUUAGACUGCCGUUCAUUACAGGAUUCCUGUUUUUAGUGUCUGGAUUGGCAACUGUUCUUGUGGAAAAGAAAACCAUCAUAUUCUCAAUAUGUCUCGCGAUGAACUGUGGAAGUUUGGUGUCGGCGAUCAUUGGCUGCCUUCUGUAUUCUGUCGAUUUGUCGUACUGGAAUUCUUACACUAACACAAAAGAAUUAAAUAGGAUCACUGCAGUCUUAAAAGCAAUACUCCUGGUUCUGACCUUGGUGGAGAUAGGCUUUGUGAUGCCAUUGUUAUACUGGGGCUACAAGACUCUUUACAGCCUAAAGCCCUCUCUCUGAUUUCUAUGCCCAAUGCUAAUGGGUCACCACUUACAAAAGAAGCCAUCCAUGAACUUCAAGUUGUGCUGCAGGGGAUAUUGAUAAAACAAGAAAACUGCCAAUUUUGAUAUCAGAUUCAGAUCAGAAAAUGUUUUCAGUGAGGACGGAGGUGUUGAUGGAAUACUAGAAAUGCCGAGGUCGCGUUCUUUUUUCAUUUCACAUAGCUUAUGUUGUUUUUUUAACUUAAUUUUUUAAAGAAAAAUAUACUCCAGGCAAACCUUCUUUUAUGUUGCUUUAAACUGUAGUCAAAGGUGUUAUGGUGGCCAUCAUAAACUGGAGAGGACUAUACGGUGUGAGGUCUCCAAAAGCUCCACAAGCUAGGCCAGGCCUCCUUGCCCACCUACAAAAGAACUCAUCCGAGUGGACCAAACCUCAUCUGAGGUCUAAAAGAGGUUUAAUCUUCAAAAACACACUUAAAUAUUUUCCACAGUUUAUCCAGAAAGAAGAAUAUCAUACACUCACCUAAAGGAUUAUUAGGAACACCUGUUCAAUCUCUCAUUAAUGCAAUUAUCUA